AAUAAAAGUGAAAAAUUGUUCAGGUUUCACUUUAACUCCGCUCUCACAGUCUCUCCCUUCACAUUGAAGCAAAGCAAAAAGGCCUUCCACUUCACACUCUCUCAGCGAUCUCACUUCAAAAAAAGAAACUAUGGUAUCCAUUUCUCACUUGUUUAUACAUCCAUCUUCUUAAUACACACACAUUAUAUACUAAAUAAACAUGAGUGAGCUAGCAAGCAACAAGUCAUGGCGAGAUGAGCUGGCCAGCCUCGUGGAAGACGCAGGCAUCAGAUACUCCGGCGCCGUCGCCGACGGAAUCUCCGUUUCCACGCCGUCGUUUAGCACUCAAUCCGAACCGGUCGAACCGGAGAGCUUCGUGGAUCAGGUCAAGGGGUUUGGUAAAGCGUGGGGAGAGAUUAUUAUUGAGUUUGGGAAAGGAUGUAAAGAUGUAGCUGCUCAACAAACCAUUUUGACUAGUGAUUCUUAUGUUGUCAAGAAGAUUAGCGGUCCGUGUGCCGAGGUUUUAGGUAGAUUGAGUUUUUUGAAUGAGUUCUUGCCUGAAGAUCGCCAUCCGGUUCAUGUCUGGACUAUUUUGUUCUCCGCUUUUAUUCUCUCACUCGCAGUGUUGGGUGUAAAUACUAGAGAUGUCAGUUCAGUCCCACUGGUGAAGAAAGUGUACAUACAUCCUCCCACUGCUACUCGGAUUGUGCUACCAGAUGGUAGACAUUUAGCGUAUCAUGAGCAAGGAGUUACUGCUGAUAGAGCUAGACUUUCUUUGAUUGCUCCACACAGUUUCCUUUCUUCUCGGCUGGCAGGUAUUCCAGGAGUUAAAGUGGAUCUGCUAGAGGAAUUUGGUGUUCGCCUAAUUACUUACGAUCUUCCUGGUUUCGGCGAGAGUGAUCCUCAUCCCAGCAGGAGCCUGAACUCAUCUGCUCUGGACAUCUUAUAUUUAGCAAAUUCUGUGGCAAUAAGCAACAAAUUCUGGGUGUUAGGCUAUUCAGGUGGAGCCAUGCAUGCUUGGGCUGCACUCAAGUACAUUCCUGAUAAAAUUGCAGGUGCAGCAAUGUUUGGUCCAAUGGUUAAUCCAUAUCAAUCGGGCAUGACAAAGGAAGAGAUAUCUGGAAUUUGGGAGAAGUGGACGCGGAAAAGGAAGCUGAUGUACUAUUUAGCUCGAAGCUUUCCUAAUAUGUUGGGUUACUUCUACCGCAGGACUUUCCUAUCUGGAAAGCAUGGUCAACUUGAAAAGUGGUUAUCUUUAUCACUGGGAAAUAGGGAUAAAGCUCUGACUCAAGGACCUCUUUUUGAAGCAUUUUGGCAUCGGGAUGUUGAGGAGUCCGUCCGCCAAGGGAGCACAAAACCUUUUAUAGAGGAAGCUUCUCUACUGGUAUCAGAUUGGGGUUUUCGUCUUUCAGAUCUCCAUGUGCAACAACAGUGUCCCAAAAAAGGCAUCUUCUCUUGGUUGAAGUUCAUGUAUGCUCAAGAGGAAUGCAGGUUAACUGGAUAUCUUGGGCCAAUACACAUAUGGCAGGGAAUGGAUGAUAGGUUGGCUCCACCCUCCAUGGCUGCCUAUGUGUCUCGAGUUCUACCAAAUGCAAUGGUGCAUAAACUUCCAGAGGAUGGACACUUUUCAUAUUUCUUUUAUUGUGACGAGUGCCACAGGAAAAUAUUUACCACUCUUUUUGGAACCCCACGGGGGCCUGUCAAUGACACAACACAGAUUGAACCGGAAGAGUCGGAGUAAUCUAUAUGAUAUUUGACAAAAAGAACUGGAGAAGACAGAGUAACAUAACACUUGACAACUGGCAAACAUUUUUGGUUCUCUUAUAUGAAUGAGUUCGAUGGUUUAGCCGUUAAUUUUAACAUCUUGGUUUUUUAGUUAGAAAAAGAUGGAGCAUAAACCACAUGUCUGUUUAUCCAAAUUACUAUGGUGCAUAUUAGAAAAGCACUGCCAUAUCUUCCUUGAUAUCAAAUUUGUUUUCAGCCA